CACACAUACAAACUAACUCAAUAAUUCAGACUUUAUCUGAUCCACAUUGAUUGUAUAUAUAUUAUUAUCAUUGCUCGUAACAAGCAAGAAAAAUGGAUAAAAGAUGGAGUCUUCAAGGUAUGACUGCUCUUGUGACCGGUGGAGCCAGCGGAAUCGGGUAUGCCAUAGUAGAAGAGUUAGCUGGUUUUGGAGCUAGAAUCUAUGUGUGCGAUAUAUCAGAAACUCUGCUCAAUCAAAGUUUAAGCGAAUGGGAAAGUAAAGGGUUUCAAGUGAGUGGUUCAGUCUGUGAUGUAACCUCUCGUCCUGAGAGAGAAAAGCUGAUGCAAACAGUCUCAUCCCUGUUCGAUGGCAAACUCAACGUUCUUGUUAAUAACGUGGGCGUACUCAGGGGAAAGCCAACAACAGAAUAUGUGGCAGAUGAUUGGACUUUCCAUAUCUCAACAAACUUGGAAGCUGCUUACCAUUUUUGCCAACUUUCACAUCCUCUCUUGAAGGAGGCUUCAGGCUAUGGAAGCAUCAUCUUCCUUUCCUCUGUUGCAGGGGUUAUAUCUUUCGACGCUGGAUCCAUUUAUGGUCUAACAAAAGGAGCUCUGAAUCAGCUAGCUAGAAAUUUGGCAUGUGAAUGGGCAAAAGACGGCAUAAGAGCUAAUGCUGUUGCACCUAAUGCUGUCAAGACUGCUCAGUCUCAAUCUUUUCUUGAGGACGUCAGUUUCAAGGAGGCAUUGUUGAGUAGAACUCCACUUGGUCGUUGUGGAGAGCCGAAUGAAGUUGCAUCACUAGUGGCCUUCUUGUGUCUACCUGCAGCUUCAUAUAUCACAGGUCAAACUAUUUGUGUUGAUGGAGGCCUCACGGUUAACGGUUUCUCCUAUCAACCACAGGCUUGAAAAUGGCCUUGUCGUGUUUGGUUUGUAAUUUCCUUAAACACACAACGUUCUCUAUACCUCUAAUAAUAAUUAUCUCUCUAUAAGUUUCUACUUGAAGAUAUAAAUGAAUUCACAAUUCCAUUAUGAA